GAAUGCCAAGAGCAGAUAGCCUGGAAUCUGCAAGGCAAGAAAGAUGAGGGCCCUAACAUUCCUUGCAUGCUGUUUAUUGAUUGCAUCAUCCAGUGCUCAGAACUGGUGGAACUACUUUCCUGGAUCAUGGGGGAAUUCUAACUCUGGAGGAGGGGGGUAUAAUUCCGGAGGAGGAGGUGGGCACCCAGGAGGAUCAUCAGGGGGUUAUAACUCAGGAGGAGAAGGGUCAUCAGGGGGGUAUAAUCCUGGAGGUGGGAAUUCAGGAGGAGGAGGAUCAUCAGGGGGCUAUAAACCUGGUAAUUCAGGAGGAGGAGGAUCAUCAGGAGGCUAUAAGCCUGGAGGUGGAUCACCAGGAGGUAAUACUCCUAAACCCGAGCCUGGACCUAACAAAAAGUGUGAUUUGAGCUGCAUAACUAUUACUGGAAAAAAGGACACUGCCGAAUGUCCAAGAGGAUACACCCCGACAAGCUGCAUUUGUGGGAAUGGAUGUAAAGACUUUGACUUUGAGAAUGACAUCAAAUGUAGCUGCUACUGUAAUAAUGUGCCAUUCACCAAAGCCCGCUGCUGCAAGGUUAUAUAAAUAGCUCAUCUGUAGCCCGUCUUUCACUUAUUUCACUUCCUUAUUUUUGUACAUUAGUUCA